CUGACAGGCCUGUGUUCUCCCCACAGUACGUGGUGCCGUUUCUGCUCAACCAGGGCGGAUCUCUCCUCUUCUACCUCACCUUAGCAUCCGCAGAUUUGUCCCUGGCAGUACCGCUCUGUAACUCCCUGGCUUUGAUAGUCACGCUGGUGACUGGGAGGAUUCUGGGAGAGGACAUUGGUGGUAAAAGGGCUGUGGCCGGAAUGCUGCUCACUGUCCUGGGAGUCACUCUCUGCGUAGCUGGUUCGUGA